AUGACUGACGCUCUCAUCCUGUACAAGGGCAUUGCAGACGUCGUCGUCGCCCUCAUCCUCACGGUCAAACCGUCUAUCAUCUACGAAUCUGUCAUAACCAAAGCCUUGCAUUCGUUCACGGGACUGCAUCUCUCCAAUGCUGCAUCGGCACCCGGAUUCAACCAGUCCAUCGUAUGCAUGGUCGCAGCCGUCGGAGUCGGGCACGUCGUUGCCUGGCGCUCUGGGCCUGCAGCUCGUCCUACUAUUUUCGCCAUGAAUCUGACAUGGGCACUUCUUGGGUUCCUCACCUGCAUAUCACCCAAAGAACUAGGUCUAGGCAGUGCGACGCUGCUGAUGACGACCUUGAACCACACGGUGUUUUCACUGGCGCUCUAUUUGAAGGAUCCAAGUGUGUUGGGUUUUGGUGGAAAGGCAAAGGGAAAGACAGCGUAA